AUGUCUAUCUUUGAAAUUAUUCUAUAUCUAUCUAUCUAUCUAUCUAUCUAUCUAUCUAUCUAUCUAUCUAUCUAUCACGAUCUCUUCAUAUCUAUCUAUCUAUCUAUCUAUCUAUCUAUCAAGAUCUCUUCAUAUAUAUCUAUCUAUCUAUCUAUCUAUCUAUCUAUCACGAACUCUUCAUAUCUAUCUAUCUAUCUAUCUAUCAAGAUCUCUUCAUAUCUAUCUAUCUAUCUAUCUAUCUAUCUAUCUAUCUAUCUAUCACGAACUCUUCAUAUCUAUCUAUCUAUCUAUCUAUCUAUCUAUCUAUCUAUCUAUCUAUCUAUCAAGAUCUCUUCAUAUCUAUCUAUCUAUCUAUCUAUCUAUCUAUCUAUCUAUCUAUCUAUCUAUCUAUCUAUCUAUCUAUCACGAACUCUUCAUAUCUAUCUAUCUAUCUAUCUAUCUAUGUCUUCCAUUCUGCGACACGCGAGGAAAGAUGCCCGCAAAGCUGUGAUCCUUAUCACAGAUGGUUUCUCCAACGCUGGAGAUCCACGUCCGUUAGCGGCACACAUGCGGGGAAACGGAGUGAAGAUCUUCACUUUUGGAAUACGACAUGGAAAUGUUCGAGAACUGAGAGACAUGGCUUCACAUCCCAAAAAUGAGACAUGUUAUAUUUUAGAAAGCUUCGAGGAAUUUGAAGCACUCGCCAGACGAGCACUACACGAAGAUCUCCAGGGAGGCAGUUACAAACUGCAAGUGUCGAAUCGUUGUGACAAGCUGUGCUUAGACGGACGUGACUGUUGCGACGAGAAAGCGUUCUGCACUUGUGGCACACACACAGGCAACUAUGAAUGUCUCUGUAACAAAGGUUACUAUGGGAACGGUCUCAAAGGCGGCUGCCUUCGUAAGUAUUCUUUGUAUGUUUUUGUUUCUUGCAAAGCAUAUCUAUCUAUCUAUCUAUCUAUCUAUCUAUCUAUCUAUCUAUCUAUCUCAAUUUACAUUUUAGAGUCCCCACUUUUCUUCUUCUUCUUCUUCUUCUUCUUCUUCUUCUUCUUCUUCUUCUUCUUCUUUCUAUUUUUGAAGUCACCUUCUUUUUUUUUUUGCAUUUUAAAUUUAUUUCCCCACCCCAUAAUUUCUUCUUCCACACAAUUCUUUUUCUCGUUUUCCAUUCCAAUAUACCAUUUGUUGUUGUUGCUGCUGUUCCUGUUCAUCAUCAUCAUCAUCAUCAUCAUCAUCAUCCAUGCAAAUAAUUAUCUUUUCUCGUUGUCACAUACAUUUUCUUUCUUUCUUUCUUUCUUUCUUUCUUUCUUUCUUUCUUUCUUUCUUUCUUUCUUUCUUUCUUUUCUCUUCUCUGUCCAUAUUCUUUGCAUUGCUAAUCAAUCUUCCAUUCGCCCGCGUCAUCUUCAUAUAUUUUUUUUCUUCAGCUUUUUUUCAUAUUACUUCAUCUACUCAUUAUUAUUCUACUUCCUCUUCUUUUCCCAUUUUUCAUUAUCUAUUUUAUAUCAUCAUCAUCAUCAUCAUCAUCAUCAUCAUCAUCAUCAUCAUCAUCAUCACCGUCAUCAUCAUCAUCAUCAUCAUCACCUUUUUUCUUCUUGUAAUCUUUUUUCUCUUUCUAAUAAUCAGCAUUAUCCUCUUUUUCUUCUUCUUCACCAUUAUCUUUUUUCUUGUCUUUCGUUAUCAUCUUCCACACACACCAGUUUUUAUUUUUAUUAUUUCCCAAUAAUCUUCACACAUUUAUUUUUUUUCAAUUCUUUCAUCACCAGCAUUUCUUUCUUUCUUUCUUUCUUUCUUUCUUUCUUUCUUUCUUUCUUUCUUUCUUCCUUCCUUUCUUUCUUUCUUUCUUUCUUUCUUUCUUUAUUUUUUUCUUCCUUCCUUCCUUUCUUUCUUUCUUUCUUUCUUUCUUUCUUUCUUUCUUUCUUUCUUUAUUUCUUCCUUUCUUUCUUUCUUUCUUUCUUUCUUUCUUUCUUUCUUUCUUUCUUAUCCUUAGACGUUUCUUUCAUUCUUAUCAUCUUUAGAUAUUUCUUCUUCUUUCUUUCUUUCUUUCUUUCUUUCUUUCUUUCUUUCUUAUCCUUAGACGUUUCUUUCAUUCUUAUCAUCUUUAGAUAUUUCUUCUUCUUCUUCCUUUCUUUCUUUCUUUCUUUCUUUCUUUCUUUCUUUCUUUCUUUCUUUCUUUCUUUCUUUCUUUCUUUCUUAUCCUUAGACGUUUCUUUCAUUCUUAUCAUCUUUAGAUAUUUCUUCUUCUUCUUCCUUCCUUUCUUUCUUUCUUUCUUUCUUUCUUUCUUUCUUUCUUUCUUUCUUUCUUUCUUUCUUUCUUAUCCUUAG